AAGAAAUGAAUCAACUGCUUUACACUUCUAUCAGAACAAGCAGCUCGAACUUUACGCUUCCAAAGAACCGAAGCCAAUGACUCUCCGGUAACUUGUGUUUUCUGGUCGUUCAAUGGAUGAGGAUCGGUUGGUCAAAAGUGCGAACUACGUCCGUACCGAGCUCCCCGUACGGAUAGCCCAUCGACUACGAGACCUUCAGAAACUCCCAUAUAUCGUAGUGACUCAAGAAGGCAUCGCAAAAGUCUACGAACUAUAUUGGUCUGCCUUUGAGAAGUUCAGGAAGUACCCACCAAUAACAAACAUCAAGGAAAACGAAGCUUUUUGUGAAUUUUUAGCCGGACUUCUGGAUGAGCAGUGUCGCUAUCGUUUCCCCAGUCUAUCCUUAGGGAUGGCAUUGUCUUCUCCAUACCUAGCUCCCGAUGAUCUUGAUCCGUUCAUGAGUCGCAUGCUCGUCUCUCAGAUAUCUCGUCGUAUCCUUGCUCAGCAUCAUAUUGCUCUAUCAGAAAACUACGCAGGCAAACAGAAACCUUGGAAAUCUGCUGAACCGAAUGUAGGCAUAAUCACUACGGGGUUGAAUGUUAAGGCUAGUAUCGAGAAGUGUGCAAAUCUCCUUAGGCACCAGUCGUUAGAGGCUGAGGAUGCGGAAGGGAAUGCCGAGAUCCCGGCGGAGGUUGUUAUUGAAGGGGAUGUUGAUAUGAGGUUUUCUUACAUACUCGAACAUCUGGAGUACAUCGUCUUCGAGCUGCUAAAAAAUUCAAUACGGGCCACAAGGCUGAACCAAGCAGACUCUGUAAGUCUACCUCCAAUAAGAGCCACAAUAGCAGCGGGAGACAAUGCUGUUGGCGGAGGUUUGAUCACUGUACAAAAUCCCGUCCAAAACCCAUCUGAUCUGAUCUCCUUCUCCCACAUACGAAACAGCGCACGAAUGGAACAUUCACGUUUGAUAUCACUUCGUACUGCGAGCUCUUAUCGUCGGGGUAUCUGGGCUACAGUGAACGAACAAGUCGAGAAAUGGAACCGCUCACCCGACCCAGAAAAGGAUGCUAGAGUUAGCAGGUAUGCGAGAAUGGGUAUCGGAUUCCAUGCAUUCGAUUUUGAUUUUUUCCUUUGUAGGUAUUUCGGUGGUUCGUUGGAUUUGAAGAGUUUAGAUGGCUAUGGGACUGAUGCCUACUUCCGCCUGCCAAAACUG